AUGGGGAACCAGGACGCGAAGCCGAAGAGGAGUGCGGGCGAUGCCCCGCACGGAGGCGGCGGCGGCGGCAGCGAGGACGCCGCCGGGCCCCGCGAGGCCGAGGGCACAAAGAAGGCGGGCGGGGGCAAGAAGGCGCCGGGCCGGCACGGCAAGGGGGGCGGCGGUGGGGAGCCGGGCAGGAAGAAGAGCCGGUCGGACCCCAGGGCCUCGGUCUUUUCCAACCUGCGCAUCCGGAAGACCCUGUCCAAGGGCAGAGGUGCUGGCGGCUCCCGUGAGGAUGUGCUGGACCCCCAGGCCCUGCAGGCCGGCGAGCUGGACAGCGCCCACUCCCUGGUCACCAAAACCCCGGACCUCAGCCUCUCGGCCGACGAGACGGGCCUGUCCGAUACGGAGUGUGCCGACCCUUCCGAGGUGACGCGGCCCCGGGGUCCUGGCUCCGCCGGGGUCGGGGGCCCGGCGGUGGCCGAGGAUUCGGAGACUGCGGCGGGGGUGCAGGAUGGACAAAGGACCAGCUCGGGCUCAGACACAGACCUCUACAGCUUUCACUCGGCCGCGGAGCAGGAGGACUUGCUUUCGGACAUCCAGCAGGCAAUCCGUCUCCAGCAGAUGCAGCAGCAGCUGCUGCAGUCCCCGAGCCCCGAGUCGGCCCCGGCGUCGCCCCCCUCCGCCGUCCCCCCGCCCGGGGCCCUGCCGGGCCUGGACCGACCCCCGCCGGGCCCAGGCGCCGAGGCGGCAACGUCCGCGCCCCCCGACCGGCCCCCGGCUGCAGACCAGCCCGCGGCCGCUAUCUUGCCGUCUCCCGGGUCGGCUCCCGGGGAGCGAGGGGCCGCGGACACGGACGAGGAAGGCGAGGAGGACGCUUUCGAGGACGCGCCCCGAGACUCUCCGGGGGCGGAGUGGGGCCCGGCGGCGGGAGAGGCCCCGCGCAGGCCGGGGGCGACGCGCGAGGAGGGCGCGCCGAGGCCCAGCGUCCCCGAGGCCGCCUCCCCGCCCCGCAGCCCGGCGCGCAGCCCGCGCUGCUCCCGGGCCCGCCCGCUCCUGGCGCCCUGCUACGUCAGGACCACCACCCGGCAGCUCAGCUCGCCCGGGCCCUCCCCGGCCCCGUCCCCCAGCCACAGCCCCCGGGUCCAGAGGCGGCCGGAGUCCUCCCUGGACCGGGGGUCCGGAGCCGCUGCGGCCCCCGCCGCCGCUGCCGCCGCCCCGGCCAGGAAGCCCCGCGCGGGCCGCAGCCGCUCGGCCGACUGGACCGCGGAGCUGGGCCGCGCGCCCGGGGCGGGGGUCUCGGCGCACCUGGCGCAGCGUGGGGCCGGCGGUCUUCAGGACGUGUUCGCAGGUGAGCGCCGGACUCGGGGUCCAGGGCGCCUGCCCCUCGGAGACGUUUCCGUUUGUACACAGGGUCUUAAAGGGAACAGCUUAGGCGCCUCUGUCCUAAGGCAUCUGGCGCAAGGGCCGCUCUGUCCACUUCUCCAAAAUAUCCCGGGUCACGCCAGGCAGAUCGGCUCCUUUUUUGGCACCGUUUGCAAAGCCAUCAUUCUCUUUCCUUUCUCCUCCCACAGCAUUAAAAAUAACGAGAUUGUUCACGCUGGAGACAGUGAUGGUGAGCAGGCCAAAAGCACCCGGGAUGCUACUACUGGUACCUUUCCAGCGUCCGUAUGGACUUGGCAAAGCCGGCUGAACGGUCGGCUCACGGCGGAAAAUGUGGAACAGUGCGAUGAGUUUAUCCUUGCCCCAAAUGGUGACUACUGGCUGCCUUCUCAGAGAGCCACCGGCCGGCUGACAAAGAGUGGAAGGAGGAUUUCCAGUGAAACCCGGAAGGCUGGGUCUUCUUCAGAUGGAAGAGGAUGGCGAACUCUGCUGGAGAAGCUGUUCAGCCAGCAGGAGAACGGGCCUCCAGACGAAGCAGAGAAGUUCUGCUCGCGGAUCAUUGCCAUGGGACUCCUUCUUCCUUUCGGUGACUGCUUCAGGGAGCCGUGUGGUCAGAAUGCCCAGUCCAGCUCAGCUCCGUUUGAUCAAGAUCAACUUUACACCUGGGCUGCAGUUAGUCAACCUACACACUCACUGGAUUAUAUAGAAGGGCAGUUUCCCAGGAGAGUCCCAGCUACUUGGCCACCGUCUAAACCUCCUGACGAAAAACACAGGCCCAAGGAUGCUGACACAGAGUCUCAAUCUGCUGUUUUAGAAACUCCGAAAAAAUGUUCAGAUGCUGCUCAGCAGGAAGUUUGUGACAUGAAAUCUGAGGGUCAGGCCACUGUCAUUCAGCAGCUGGAGCAGACCAUUGAGGAUCUGAGGACCAAAAUAGCUGAGCUAGAGAAACAGUACCCAGCCGCAGACCUGGAGGUGGCCGCCUCUGGAGACGCAUGUCUGCGAGCUCUCAGGUUGGGAGAAAAGGAAGUAGGGCAUCAAAGGAUUUUACAGGCAAAGUCCAUCCAGACAUCCCCGACAGAGGAGGGUGGGACACUGACACAUCCUCUCACGGGCACCCAGCCUGAGGCCACAAGUGGAGACUCAGCCAGGCCAUCCUCACCUCCCGGACCUCAGACCAAAUUCUGCGCAGAGGUUUCUUUGGUCGUGUCUCCAAGGCAAAUAUCAGUUCAGCUCGAUGCACAUCCAUCCCUCCAGGCUCCACCACCCACGUCGCCACCCUGGUCUGAUGGUCAAGGACAGGCGAGCUCACAGCCUUCCCAUCCUUCUUUUCACACGGAGUUUGAAACCAGCCACGAGCACUCUGCUUUCCCCUCCUCUGAAAACAUCUGUGACAUCCCCCCUGCACUGCCUCUGUCUCCCACGUUCUCCCGCCAGAUGCCUGGUCUGGGCACCGUGGCUCCUCCACGGCCCCCACCCCAUGUCGCGCCUGAGCCUGCGCUGCCCAGCCCACCGUGCCCCUCACCUCCUCCUCUGCCUGGUCCAGAGAUGCUGCCACCCCCUCCCCUACCUUUGCCUGGUGAGGGAAUUCCUCCCGCCCCCACUCCUCCUGGAGUGGGAAUUCCUCCCGCCCCCCCUCUUCCCGGAGUGGGAAUUCCUCCCGCCCCCCCUCUUCCCGGGGUGGGAAUUCCUCCCGCCCCCCCUCUUCCCGGCGUGGGAAUUCCUCCCGCCCCCCCUCUUCCCGGCGUGGGAAUUCCUCCCGCCCCCCCUCUUCCCGGGGUGGGAAUUCCUCCCGCCCCCCCUCUUCCCGGGGUGGGAAUUCCUCCCGCCCCCCCUCUUCCCGGCGUGGGAAUUCCUCCCGCCCCCCCUCUUCCCGGGGUGGGAAUUCCUCCCGCCCCCCCUCUUCCCGGGGUGGGAAUUCCUCCCGCGCCCCCUCUUCCCAGUGAGGGAAUUCCUCCCGCACCCCCUCUUCCCAGGGUGGGAAUUCCUCCCGCCCCCCCUCUUCCCGGGGUGGGAAUUCCUCCCGCCCCCCCUCUUCCCAGUGUGGGAAUUCCUCCCGCGCCUCCUCUUCCCAGUGAGGGAAUUCCUCCCGCACCCCCUCUUCCCGGUGUGGGAAUUCCUCCCGCCCCCCCUCUUCCCGGGGUGGGAAUUCCUCCCGCCCCCCCUCUUCCCGGGGUGGAAAUUCCUCCCGCCCCCCCUCUUCCCAGUGUGGGAAUUCCUCCCACGCCCCCUCUUCCCAGUGAAGGAAUUCCUCCUGCCCCCCCUCCUCCUUUGCCAGCACCCCCUCUGCUUCCUGGAUCCGGCCUUGCUCUCCCACCACAAGCUGGGAGUAGCACUUCACCAACACCGCAGGCGUGUGGAUUUCUUCCUCCACCAUUGCCAGCUAGCUUGUUUGGAUUCGGGUUGAACCAGGACAAAGGCAGCAGGAAGCAGCCAAUAGAGCCUUGUCGGCCGAUGAAGCCUCUGUAUUGGACGAGAAUUCAACUGCACAGUAAAAGAGACUCCAGUGCUUCACUUAUUUGGGAAAAAAUUGAAGAGCCAUCCAUAGAUUGUCAUGAAUUUGAGGAAUUAUUUUCUAAAACUACUGUAAAGGAAAGGAAGAAACCGAUUUCUGACACCAUCACAAAGACCAAGGCUAAACAAGUUGUCAAGUUACUAAGCAACAAAAGGUCACAAGCAGUUGGAAUAUUGAUGUCUAGCCUUCACUUAGAUAUGAAAGAUAUACAACAUGCUGUGGUGAACUUGGACAAUUCUGUGGUUGACCUCGAGACCCUUCAAGCUCUCUAUGAGAAUAGAGCACAGUCAGAUGAACUGGAAAAAAUUGAAAAACACGGCCGGUCCUCCAAAGACAAGGAAAACACCAAGUCUCUGGAUAAACCUGAGCAGUUCCUUUACGAACUGUCACUAAUCCCCAACUUUUCAGAGCGAGUCUUUUGCAUCCUGUUUCAGUCCACAUUUUCAGAAAGCAUUUGCUCAAUUCGGCGCAAACUGGAGCUGCUACAGAAGUUGUGUGAGACAUUAAAAAAUGGCUCAGGUGUCAUGCAAGUUUUGGGUUUGGUUCUUGCCUUUGGCAACUACAUGAAUGGUGGAAAUAAGACUCGGGGACAGGCAGACGGUUUCGGGUUAGACAUCCUUCCAAAGCUGAAAGACGUCAAAAGCAGUGACAAUAGCAGAAGCCUUUUGUCAUAUAUCGUAUCCUACUAUCUUCGCAAUUUUGAUGAGGAUGCUGGGAAGGAACAGUGUGUGUUUCCACUGCCCGAACCCCAGGACCUCUUUCAGGCCUCGCAGAUGAAGUUUGAGGACUUUCAAAAAGACCUCAGAAAACUCAAGAAAGACCUGAGAGCCUGUGAGGUUGAAGCGGGGAAAGUGUACCAGGUGUCCUCAAAAGAGCACAUCCAGCCAUUCAAAGAAAACAUGGAACAAUUUAUUAUUCAAGCUAAAAUUGACCAAGAAGCGGAGGAGAACUCACUGACAGAGACUCAUAAAUGCUUUUUGGAGACUACAGCCUAUUUCUUCAUGAGACCAAAAAUUGGAGAGAAGGAAGUGUCCCCAAAUGUUUUCUUCAGUAUCUGGCAUGAAUUCAGCUCCGACUUUAAAGACUUUUGGAAGAAAGAAAACAAACUUAUUCUACAAGAGAGAGUAAAAGAAGCUGAAGAGGUGUGUAGGCAGAAAAAGGGAAAAUCACUUUAUAAGAUAAAACCAAGGCAUGACUCUGGAAUUAAAGCGAAAAUAAGCAUGAAAACCUGA